CCCUAUCUCUCUCUCUGUCUUCUCGCCCAAUCUGCUUCUUCCACCGAUGGAGAGUUAUCGCCGCCACCAGUUGCAUUUCUCGGACGGCGGAGCCGCCACGCCUAGCAGCGGACAAGCCGGCUCCGCCGCCGCCGUCACUCCCGCCUCCACCUUCAGUGAGUUCAAGAGCGGCAAGAAGCGUGGGAGUUACAACUGCGGCCGAUGCGGACUCCCCAAGAAGGGCCACUCCUGCCACGUCAGCAGCGCCGCCACAACCCCAACUGAUGCGUGCGCCGAUGUCUCCGCUCAGUACUCGAUGUCCUCCACCCGCCCUCCCCCGCCGCGUCAGCCCUACUCCCACCUUCGUAGGGCGUUGUCAUUCGAUGACGUGGACAAUGUCGGCGGUUUCGACGUGCCGGAGGAGGAGGUGGAGGAUGAAGAAGACGGUUUCGGAGCGACGAUGGAAGAGAUGGAGUCCGAUCCGGUCUCCGGAGGCCUGCCGGCGAGCUGCGUCUGGGAGGUACUGAGGAGGCUGCCGCCGUCGGGGCUGUUGUCUGCGGCGAAGGUGUGCAAGGGGUGGAGGGAGACGGCGAGGAGGCUGUGGAAGGCGGCGGAGGUGCUGAGGCUUAGGGUUCCGCCGAGGGCUCAGGUCGGGCUUGUUGGAUCUGUGUUGCACAAGUGCCCGGCGCUCGUGAGCCUCUCUCUUAGGAUGGAAAGUGAUGUGGACGCGACGAUGCUGGCUUGUAUUGCAUUUUCAUGCCCAAAUCUUGGAUUUAUGGAGAUCUCUACAUCUGAUACUGCACUCAAUCGGAUCACUGGUGAUGAGCUGGGCCGUUUCGUUUCCGAUAGACGAAUGCUGAAAAGUCUUAAGAUGGAAGGAUGUUCUCAUCUGGGGGGGUUUGUUCUCUGUUCAACGAGUCUUUCUACACUCUGGCUUUCAGAUCUUUCAUCUCACUCUAAGAUGGUUUUUAAUUGCCCCUAUUUGAGGGAGAUUUCUUUAGAAUUUUCUCGCCAAGAAAAUGACCACACUGACCUUAUUACCAUGGUUGACUAUUUGGGGAGGAAUUGCCCAAGGUUGCAAAACAUCCACAUUGCCUCUGUUAGGCUUUCCCAUGCUGCUGUACUUGCCCUUACAGCUGCCCAGUUAAGGGGGUUAAGAAUGCUUUCACUUGUUCUUGGAUCUGAAAUCACUGAUGCUUCAGUUGCUGCCAUUGCUUCAAGUUAUCCGGACUUAGAGCUGCUUGACCUUAGUGGGUCCGGCAUCACUGAUAGUGGGAUUGGAAUGAUCUGCAAUGUGUUCCCAGAUACUCUUACAAGGCUCCUUGUUGCUCUUUGUCCUAACAUUACUUCAAGUGGUAUUCAAUUUGCCACGGCUCAAUUGCCUCUUCUUGAACUUAUGGACUGUGGCAUGACCGUUUGUGAUCCCAACAGUCCUACUGAAGAAGAAAGCAGUGACUGUGAAUUACAGAAAACAUCUAACGCUAAAGUGCAGCUUAUUCACCAGAAGCUGAUAAUUAAGCAUAGCCGAUUAAUAAAACUAAGCUUGUGGGGCUGUUCUGGCUUGGACGCUCUGUAUCUGAACUGUCCACAACUCAAUGAUCUUAAUCUAAACUCUUGUAGGAACUUACAUCCAGAGAGAUUGUUACUUCAAUGCCCCAACUUAGAAAGUGUACAUGCGUCCGGUUGUGAGGAAUUGUUAAUUGGGGCUAUUCAGUGUCAGGUCAAUAAUCGUAAUGAGGCUGUGGAAAACGUUUUACUGUGUAAACGUUUUGGUGAUGGCUCAAAGAGAGUUCGGCUUCCACACUAUCUCAGCGCACAGUCGUUUGAUGAUGAUAAAAAGCGGAGGAUCGAAAGCCGGAAAUGUAAUGUUAUUGUAAGCUGAUUACAUGGAUUCUGAAUAUUUCUUUGCUGUAAACAUGGUGCAAUCUCUUGUUUGUUGUGCUAUUACUUUACCAUGGCCGUGUGCCCCUGUAACCAAGGAUUUUAUUAUGAUGAAGAACAGGAUGGGCCGUUCAUCACCAAACCAUUGUUUAGUUCCGAACAAAUUAACUGUGGGAACUUGUGAUAUUAU